AACCUUAUGAUCGUGUUGCAACCCAUUUUAUGGUAACCCAUUUAUUUCCAUAUUAUCUAACAAAUUGCAAGUUUUAGAUAUUUAUAUUAAUCCUCGAAAAAACAUUCAAAUUUAUUACGUAAAUUACGGAAUCAAAAAUGUGUUGGAAAAGCAAAGGAGAAAAGAGAUAUCAGCACGUGUAGGGUGGCGAAACGACGAUAUUCUAGAAUAGGAUGAUAUUACGGAAAUUUGGCUACAUCUUUCAAGGUUAUCGACAUGUUUACAUUAAAAAGAGCGGACUUUGUGGCAGCAAAAAUUUCCAACGAUCGUAUAUGGCACUGCCACGACUCACUCCGCAAGAGGUCACAAACAUCUUACAAGCCAACGAAUAUACCAAAGAAUUCGAUGGUUUAGGUUCCAUAAAAUAUUAUGAUUCAAAUCAACUAGCAUCUAAUAAUCCUAUAGAGGACACACGAUCAGAAGCUCAAUGUUUGUUAACAAAAGGUGUAUUACUGGGAGUUUUUGAUGGUCAUGGUGGUGGUGCCUGUGCUCAAGUAGUGUCAAAGAGACUGUUUCAUUAUAUUUCAGCAUGUUUAUUGCCGCCAAAAUUGCUGCAACAAUAUUUAAAUUCCAUCAGUUCUCAGAAAAAAUUAGAGUUACUGCAGACCUUCAAUGACAAGGUGGAAUUCGUAACCGAAAUCAGGGAUCUUUACCAAGCUAGCUUCUUAAAUUUUGUAAGAGACUUGAUACAGUCAAAUGGUUGCAAAGAAUUUCAAAUGGAGAAAGCUUUGGAAAAUGCAUUUCUCAGACUGGACAAUGACUUGUCAGAUGAAGCUUUGUUGCAACUAAACAAGAAAGAUGCUGCGAGAACUCUCGCAGUUGCAAUGUCCGGUGCAGUGGCUGCUGUAGCGCACAUAGAUGGUCCUCAUCUGCAUGUCGCUGGUGUCGGAGAUUGUCAAGCUGUCUUAGGAGUACUCUCGGAGAACGACGGAUGGUCGGCCAAAAUGAUGACUACGGAACAUAAUGCCGAUAAUCGUGUAGAGGUAGAAAGAAUCUUGUCGGAUCAUCCAUCAAGUGAGAGAUCGACUGUGAUCAAAAUGGAGAGACUGCUCGGUCAAUUAGCACCACUUCGCUCGCUGGGCGAUUUCCGUUACAAAUGGAGUAAGGAUGUUAUGCAGCGAGCCGUAGUACCGUUCCUCGGAGAGACUGCCAUCCCCCCGAAUUACCACACACCACCGUACCUGAUAGCAAGUCCAGAAGUCAAGUAUCAUAGACUGACGCCUAGAGACAAAUUUCUUAUAAUAGCCAGUGAUGGAUUGUGGGACUUGAUCUCGCCGUUGCAAGCUGUGCGCUUAGUCGGAGAACAUAUGAGCGGUAAAGUCACACUCAGUCCGUUGAGAUUACCUCGUAAAAAUAUGAGACUGUCGGACAUAAAUGAAAUGUUACUACAACGCAAGGAAGGUCUGAAGAAGAAACCUCUCGACAGCAACGCGGCGACGCAUUUAUUAAGGAAUGCUUUGGGCGGCACAGAAUAUGGUAUAGAUCACGCGAAAUUGGCGCAAUUGUUAACUCUGCCAAGCGAAGUAGUACGGAUAUUUCGCGACGAUAUCACCGUGACGGUUAUCUAUACGGAUUCAGAAUUUCUGAGACACUGCCUGCCCUAAAAUUACCUCCCUGCAAUUUCUCGUUAUUUUUUAAUAUCAUUGUAAAUUCAUCGAUUUAUAUAUUCGUAUACAGCUUGUUAUUUAUUUAGUUAACAAUAAAAAUAAUUUACAUGAAAACAAUA